AAACAGGUCUACCAAAAGGGGCAUUUCAAAGGAACAAUUCCCUCCUCACUACUCUCUGAAGUCGUGGUGCUGCCGACGACGUCGUACAAUGGAAAUGGCUCCCAUUCCGAGCGAGACAUACAAGCUAGGGUUUAUCGGAGCGGGAAAAAUGGCGGAGAGCAUCGCCAGAGGAGUCGUCCGAUCCGGUGUCUUGCCUCCUUCCCGUAUCCGUACGUCCCACUCCAGCCCCGGCCGCCGCAACGCCUUCGAGUCCUUCGGCGUCACCGUCCUCCCCCGCAACGACGACGUGGUUCAAGACAGUGAUGUGGUCAUCUUCUCCGUGAAACCUCAAGUUGUCAAAGAUGCGGUCUUGCGAUUGAAGCCACUGCUUUCGGAAAAGAAGCUUCUGGUUUCGAUUGCUGCUGGAGUCAAAUUGAAAGAUCUGGAGGAAUGGGCUGGUCAAAGCCGAUUUAUUAGGAUAAUGCCAAAUACUCCAUCAUCUGUAGGCGAGGCAGCAAGUGUUAUGAGCUUGGGAGGAUCUGCGACAGAAGAAGAUGGAGACCUAAUAGCUAAAUUAUUUGGAUCAGUUGGCAAGUUGUGGAGAGCCGAUGAGAAAUUGUUUGAUGCAAUCACUGGUCUGAGUGGUAGUGGCCCAGCAUUUAUAUACUUAGCUAUAGAAGCUUUGGCUGAUGGAGGAGUGGCUGCAGGUCUACCACGAGCACUUGCACUGGGUCUAGCUUCUCAAACUGUAUUAGGAGCAGCAUCGAUGGUCACCAAAACUGGGGAGCAUCCAGGUAAGCUUAAAGAUGAUGUUGCAUCACCUGGUGGGACUACAAUUGCUGGUAUUCAUGAGUUGGAGAAAGGCGGAUUCCGUGGAACUUUGAUGAAUGCGGUUAUUGCUGCUGCUAAGCGCAGCCGAGAACUUUCCCAAAGCUAGUCAUAUCAAUUUAUUCUUUGUCUAUUCUGGUAAUGCUGUUAGGACAAUGGAAUCUGCCUGUCUAUUUUAUUUAUUUGCUUUAACUUUGAAUAGGUGAGCUCCUGGCCCUUCUUUUCGUGGCUUAUGGCUGUAUACAAUUUUCAGCUUAUUAACUGUCAUAGGCUGUUCUUCGCCAGAAUUCUUGAACCUCAGGUU